AUUGCUUGAGGCUGGGCCGCGGGGAGCAGUGGGUGCUAAGGCUGCCGAGAGUGUGGGUAAUCUGGCCCGGGCACCUCGGCUGCUGGGAGCUUUCUUUCCUGCACACCGCUCUCCUCUCCCCUCCACAAGCCCUGCCGCUCUCAUGUGCCAAGUAUGAACAUGAGCUGGCCACACAGCCAGCUCUGACGUUUCACCCACUUGGCAGAAUGGCUAUUUUUGUACUCUGGGACGUAGCUGAGUGGUCACUAUACUAUCCCCACUCCUGCCAGCUGAGUCCUGUUGCCCUGCUGUGGGAGGAGGACAGACUCUCCCAGCCAGGACCCCAACCCUAUGAAAUCCAGAGCCUAGGAAGAGAAGGAACGAAGACGAGCAGGACGGCUGUUCUCAGUGAAGGACCGUGCGGCCGCCCCUGAGCAGCGACCAUGGGCCUGCUUGCCUACCUGAAGACCCAGUUCGUGGUACACCUGCUCAUUGGCUUCGUCUUCGUGGUGAGCGGGUUGGUUAUCAACUUUACCCAGCUGUGCACACUGGCCCUCUGGCCCAUCAGCAAGCACCUAUACCGCCGCAUCAACUGCCGCCUGGCCUACUCACUCUGGAGCCAGCUGGUCAUGCUCCUGGAGUGGUGGUCCUGCACGGAGUGCACUCUCUUCACCGACCAGGCCACCGUGGACCACUUUGGGAAGGAGCACGUGGUUGUUAUCCUCAACCACAACUUCGAGAUCGACUUCCUCUGUGGGUGGACCAUGUGCGAGCGGUUUGGCGUGCUGGGGAGCUCCAAGGUGCUGGCUAAGAGGGAGCUGCUGUACGUGCCUCUCAUCGGCUGGACGUGGUACUUCCUAGAGAUCGUAUUCUGCAAACGGAAGUGGGAGGAAGACCGGGACACUGUCAUAGAGGGACUGCGGCGCUUGGCUAACUACCCGGAGUACAUGUGGUUUCUCCUGUACUGUGAAGGAACACGCUUCACGGAGACCAAGCAUCGAAUCAGCAUGGAGGUAGCUGCCUCCAAGGGGCUGCCCCCACUCAAGUACCACCUGCUGCCCCGGACCAAGGGCUUUACCACUGCAGUCCAGUGCCUCCGGGGGACAGUUGCAGCUAUUUACGACGUGACCCUGAACUUCAGAGGGAAUAAGAACCCAUCUCUACUGGGGAUCCUGUAUGGAAAGAAAUAUGAGGCAGACAUGUGUGUAAGGAGGUUCCCCCUGGAAGAUAUCCCAGCAGAUGAGACCGGCGCAGCCCAGUGGCUUCACAAGCUGUACCAGGAGAAGGAUGCCCUGCAAGAGAUGUACAAGCAGAAGGGUGUAUUCCCAGGGGAACAGAUCAAGCCCGCCCGAAGGCCGUGGACCCUUCUGAACUUCCUGUGCUGGGCCACCAUCCUCCUCUCUCCCCUCUUCAGCUUCGUCCUGGGCGUCUUUGCCAGUGGGUCCCCGCUCCUCAUCCUGACGUUCUUGGGGUUCGUGGGAGCAGCUUCCUUUGGAGUCCGGAGACUGAUAGGAGUGACUGAGAUAGAGAAAGGAUCCAGCUACGGCAACCAAGAGCUUAAGAAAAAGGAAUAAUUAAUGCUGUGAUUGAACACACCCAUAACCUGACGCGGUAUCCAAUUAACUCAAUUAAAAACAGAACACCCAAGAGCGAGGGAAAGAGACACUCAGAGACUAUUUUUCUUAUUAACUGGUGACUAAUAUUAACAAAACUUGAGCCAAGAGCAAAGAACUCGGCCUGCCAGGUGAAGAUGGUCGGCCAGCACUGGCAGGGUCCCUUCGGCCCUCUGCGGGGACAGAGGCAGGCUUGGGGGAGGUGGUGGGGCCAUGGCGCUCCCCCAGAACUCUGCCUCCAAGAGGCAGCCAUGGCUACUCUCCCUUCUUAAACUUAGAAU